UUACAACAAAACACGAUAUUUCAUUUGGUAGUCAUGAACUUAUUUGGAAUGACUGGACGUCAAUUCCGGUAAAGAACACCGCCUCGCUCGCUGGUAUAGAUGUGUAUAUGAAAAAUCGACAACUUUUUUUCUCCGACUCACGGACCAUGAAAAUUUACAGAAUGGCUGUGGAUGGAAGGAAUCUUACUGAGAUUAUUUCCUCUGGCAUCAACGUUGUCGAGGACAUAGCAGUUGAUUGGAUAGCGGGAAAUCUAUACUGGAAUGACUUUACAUUAGAAACUGUAGAAGUGGCCAGACUUGACGGUUCCAGUCGAAUGGUCCUCUUCAGCGAAAAUGUUACCCGACCGAGAGGGAUCGAGAUCGAUCCGCGGAAAGACGCUCGUUACAUAUUCUGGUCGGACUGGGGACAGUAUCCGAGGAUCGAACGUGCUGGUAUGGACGGUUCAGGCCGCACCACCAUCGUAUCCACAAACCUGUACUGGCCCAACGGUCUCUCUAUAGACUAUCCGACACGGAGGUUAUAUUUCGCCGACGCCAAAUUAGAUUCUAUAGAAUUCUGUAAUUAUGACGGAUCAGGGCGUCGGAAAAUCAUACUCCGUUCAAACUUUUUAUUACACUCGCACGACAUUGUCGUGUUUGCCGACUUGAUCUACUGGACGGACCGAUCAGCGGAGACGGUUUCCAUGUGCCUGAAGUACAACUGUACACAUCUAUAUACCAACCAGGAACGCCUGAACAACCCUAUAGGAGUUACUAUAUUCCAUCCGGCUAGACAGCCUGAAGAUGAAAAUCCAUGCAGCAAAGCUUCUUGCAGUCACCUCUGUUUGCUCUCGCCUGUGAAUAAAAGUGGGUUCAUCUGCGCAUGCCCAAUGGGAAUGCGACUUUCACAAUCUGCUCCGCAUCUCUGUGUUGAAGACAUUACCGAUUACAUAAUGUACAGCCACGCGGAAGGUAUUUCCGCUUUACAACUUCCGGUUAGAUUAGGCAAUGAGAGUUAUCUCCCAUUAACAAGGAGUCAGAAAGUUGUUAGCAUGGAUUUUGACAGUCAGAAAAAAGCACUUUUCUUUGUUGAAGAGUCGAGCAGGGGAAAUACGACACUUAAGACCAUGGGAUUAUUCUCUGGUAACGUUUCUAUACUCGCACCGACAGCAUACAUUGGUAACCCGGCCGGUGUUGCUUAUGACUGGGUCUCCAAAAAUCUAUUUUGGGCCGAUUUUGUAAGCGGCACCAUUGAGGUGAUGAGGACCCAAGGUAAAUCUGUGUAUCGUAAAGUUAUUUUAAGUAACAUGGGAAGACCGAUAGACUGUGUCACGCCGGUAGCAGUUUGUGUAGAUCCCUCAAGAGGGUUUAUUUACUGGAUUGAUAUUGGAGGUCACGGUUUGCGUCCCAAACUGGCGUCAAUGUUAAUGGACGGAACGCAAAGACAAUUACUUCAUGCAAGACGUGUAGACACGCCUACAUCGUUGUCACGUGAUCCGGCUACAGGCGAUUUAUAUUGGACAGAAGGCAGACGACAACAGAUAUUGAAAUGGGAAUUUCGCACUCGUCGGGUGAUUGUUGUACAAGAUAAUGUUGGUAAACCAAACAGCGUCUCCUUAUUCGGCGGCGUUUUAUACUACGCCGACAACAGCCGACAAACUCUUAACAAACUUGAGCUACGUAAAGGCGGAAACAUGACCGUGCUGAAGAAAAAUGUCAGAAAGGUGAAGGCCAUUACAAUCUACCACAACCGCAAUGUUAAAGGGGAAACCAACAAGUGUGUUUUGAACAAUGGUGGAUGCGAACAACUUUGUCUUCCAACUAGCCCAGCGUCGGCGGUUUGCGCGUGUGGCGUUGGUUACGUCAAGGCUGAAAAUGGGUCAUGCGCUAUGAGAGAAUCAUUUAUACUUGUUUCAUUCGAAGCUUACGUGAGAGGUUUUGCUAUGAACAGAGAUGACCAUGAUGAUGCGAUUUCGCCCAUAGGAGGCACGGAUAGGAGUAUCUUCCAACUUGAUGUUCAUAUGGCGGGAAAACAUAUAUACUGGGUGGAGUUGCCCGGCUCUUCUUUAACAGAAGGCAUAUAUAGAAUGAGACCGGACGGAAGCGGGUACCAAAAAGUUAUCACCGGAAGUGCUUUGAACAAACCCGGUGCUUCUGGUAUCAAAGG